CAUAUGCUUCCGAUCGGCUUCCGGUGUACAAAGAAGUUUACCCAAUAAGAAAAACAAUUAGUGUUUUGUGUAUGUCAGAGAAUUGGCAACAUGUUCCGACCAUUGGUGUUAAAUUUUAGAGCCUUUUGGAAGCGAACACAUGUGUUAAAAGUUGCUCCAAAUGAUUUGUUUUCAAUCACAACGUCGUUAACUUGUCACUCACGUAAACAAAAUGUCAGAUUUGCAUCAUCAUCUAAUGAUGAUCAUUUUAUCAAACAUGGCAUGUCCAAAGUAUUUUGUGACAAAUAUGAUGAAUAUGCUAUUUACAAUCCAGCACCUCUUUCUUUGAAUGAACUAUCUGAGUUUGGCUCCAAGACUGGUACAGAAGAAUCAUCAUUUGAGUUCCUGCGAGAUGAGCUACUGGUGCGUCUCGCCAACAUCAUGAAGGAGUUCAACCUUCUACCAGUCAUCUUCCAGCAACGGGGCUCGGUCGCCAUGGUGAAAAACUGGUAUCAACAAAGUUUCCUGGAAAUCACCGAGUUUGAGAAGCUCAAUGUCAAGGACAAACCAACAUUAGCAAGGUUUUCUGAAACGUUGAACAUCAUCAGAUCCCGCCACUCAAAGGUUGUGGAAACCAUGGCAAAGGGUGUUAUGGAAAUGAAGGAUGCAUUUGAAAAUGAAAGCAAGAACUGUGAUCAGCAGAUAACAUAUUUCCUGGACAGAUUCUACACAAACAGAAUUGGGAUACGAGUUUUGAUAAAUCAGCAUUUGUUGCUGUAUGGGGGUGACCAGGUUCAUCAUCCAGAACAUAUAGGCUGCAUUAACCCCAACUGUGAUGUAACAGAAGUUGUCAAAGAUGCGUUUGAAAAUGCAAGGUUCCUGUGUGAACAUUACUACAUGUGCUCUCCUGAUCUCCAGAUAGAGUGCAACAAUGCCUAUGAGAAGAGUGACUCUAUAACCAUCGAGUAUGUCCCCUCACAUCUGUACCACAUGCUGUUUGAGUUAUCAAAGAAUGCCUUGCGAGCAGUGGUUGAGGCCCAUGAGAACAAACCAAAGUUACCUCCCAUCAAGAUCAUGAUCUGCAAGGGACAAGAGGAUCUCACUAUCAAGAUCUCGGACCAGGGUGGCGGUAUCUCCUACGGCAAGGUGGAGCAGCUGUUUGGCUACAUGUACACGACCGCCCCUCAGCCCCAGCCUGACUCCAUGGAGGGGUCGGCCCCUCUCGCAGGCUAUGGCUACGGGCUCCCUCUGUCGCGCCUGUAUGCCCGCUACUUCCAGGGAGACCUAGUGCUCUCGUCCGUUGAGGGAUAUGGCAUGGAUGCUAUCAUAUAUUUAAAGUUGAAAGGGGCCAAGGAGUGCCUACCGAUCUACAACAAGACAUCGGCAAGGAUGUACGAAACUGAGACAGGUGCCCCAGACUGGAGUAGUCCGUCGCCAUGGACGCGCAGCCAGGGCACCAUCAUUGGAACCAGGCCUCUCGGCACACGCAGAUACUGCACGCUCACAUUUCCUUGUCCAAGAGUGUUUAACUUUCCUGUCCAGUGAACGGUUUUGUUUUGUAUGUUGUUUGUUGAGUGACAAUUUUUUGGCUUUUGUUGGCAUACAUUUUGUCAUCCUUCACGGGUACAUAAUUAUGUGUGCCUUGAAAGGAGAAAACUGGGCUUCAUGCAUUUGCAUUAAGGGCCGUCCAAGAUUAGCCUGUGUGGACUGCAAAUGCUAGUAUGGGAGGACACUUUACGCACAUACAUUAAGCCCAGUUUUCCCAGACUGUGGCUCAUGUGAAUCGAUGAUUGCAUCAGUGUUUAAUCAUGAAAAGUAAAAAACUGCGCUACCUUUGGUAGUUUUGUAUUCAAAGAGAAGGAUUUGGUAGGGCAUUGUUAAUAACUUUUAAGUUAAGACAGUGAUAUUUUUGAAAGAAAAUAGUCAUGGAAUGAAGUUUUCCUUGUGAUUUUAAUACUUUUGUAGUUCUAUGUUUAUCUUUAAAGUAUAAUUCAGAAAUUGGAGAUGAUUGUGGUGUUCACUACAGAUAUCUUAUCAUUUUUCCACUAAGAAAUUAAAUUUGUCUACAAAAAAUGAUGCUUUAAUUAUUCUGUCAAAAGACAAUGCAUUAUAACUAUUGGUACGCAACAUUCUCUGCAAGCUUGGUGCUCAAGACCAAUUAUUUUUUAUCAUAUAAAAGUCCUGAGUUUGUAACUAACUGAUGGAACAAAUAAGGACACUUCGUCGUGCCAUAGUCCCAAAUACACUUGCCAUUUAAUUUUGUGUGCAAGCACUUUCUGUCAAUUGAUCUCGGGUGUUUUACGACAUUAUAAUUGUGAAGAAUGUGUAAUAGUGAAGGAUGUUGUUUAUUUAGAGUCUGUAUUGACAUGGCUUUAUUAAAUCUAAAUAAUGUGUGAAGACUUAAGAUUUUUUUAAUACUUUGCAUUUUAUUUUUAAAUGAAUAUUUGCCGUCAAAAGACUUCAGGUAGGAGAUGCAUUUUUUAUGAAACUUGUUCUACCUUCUUAACAUUGUGUUAGGGAAGUGAUAUUCUUUAAAUAAAUCCUAUCAUUCCUGUUUCAGAACAAUCGGUGCAUUCAUUUUUUUGUCGUAAGCUUGUGUACGUUUUAUGAAUUUGACUUGUUUUUAUUUCCGUACUGUGAACCUAAUAAAUUCAUGAUAUGUGUUCAUUGUUAAAGGUGGUAUUUUACUGGUGCAUCAAAAACUGGUGUUUGUGACUCUAUGUUUCAUCAGUAUAAACUUUCAUUUGUCAUUUUAGCUGCAUCAUGCAUAAAUAGGUCUUAUGCCAUAUGCAUCCUGCUUAGCUCCAGACCAGCCUGCCCUUAACGCCUGUCUGAUCAGGAGCCACCCUGACGCUACAAAGUCUCACAAGGUUUAGUCGUCUAAAUAACGGACAGGGUAGCCUUUGCACUGUCUGGCCCAUAGCUUCGCUCCCCACAUAUGGCAGAAGAGCCAUUUUUCCAUGACGUUACUUAGAAUGUUUUUAUGCUCCCCAAAAAUUUUCGGGGGGCAUAUAGUUGCAUGUUUGAAGUUCCUUACUUCCAUACUUCCUUCCUUUCUUCCGUCACACUUUUGUUACAGUUUCUCAUAGCGCUUUUAAUAUUUUACAGAUCUCUUACAUAUUUGGCAUGUAGGUACCUUGCAUGGACCUCUACCUUUUGGUGAGGUUUGAGUUCACUGGGGUCAAGGUCACCGAGGCUAAUAAUAGAUUUUUCCGUAACAAUUUUGUUAGUUUCUCAUAGCGCCUUCAAUAUUUUACUGUUCUCUUACAUAUUUUGCAUGUAGGUACAGUGCAUGGACCUCUACCUUUUGUUGAGGUUUGAGGUCACCGGGGUCAAGGUCACAGAGGCUAAUAAUAGAUUUUUUUAGGUGGUUAUUAACACAUAGAUUGACAAAGCGCAUCAUCGGGGAGCAUCCAUCAGUUUCACUGAUAUUCUUGUUUUCCAUUAGGACUGGUAUUUCCAUUUAAAUUUAUCAGCAUAAUAAUUUAAUCUGUAUUCAUUUGAGUAUUUGAAUAGCUUGUUUCUGAUUCAUGCAUUUUUUACAACGAGCGACUCAACUUUACGAUGCAUUGUUUCAUAUUUAUUUUAAUAUGUGUUAUCUUAAAAAGCAUUUGUAAAUAGUGUUCUUUUUUUUAACAAUCAAACCUCACUACAAUUUAUCCAUUUUACAAGUUGUUAUAAAUUUUGAAUAUAUUAUAGACAGUGUAUUUAGUAAUCUUUCUUGAAUUAAUAAUUCUUCGUGUAUAUUUGUAAAAUUAUUUUUCUGUACUGUGUGACGUCUUUAACAUUGUAUGUAUUUUUCACGUAAGAUGAUCGCAUGAAAAUUGUUCAUGUGGUUUUUGUUGUAGUUUCUUGCCUUUGUUUCCUAUAUAAUACCCUUGAUAAUGAUUGUAGUUAUUUGUGUUUGUUAAGGCAUAUCUCCUUUAAUUAUGACAAUACUGUAUAAUGUUGCUUCAUGAUGCAUGUACAGGUGAAAUAAAUAUAUUUAAUGAUG